CUAGCCAUUCACGCGGCGCGCCACAUUUCGCUGAUUCAGGUGACAGAAUAUGUCGAAUAAAUACUUAUUUCUAAAAUCAGGAUUCCCGCGAGCACCUUUUGGUCUCGGGAUCGGACGUUAUGUCUGUCAAUUACAGAGAAUAACUUUAAAGUUUUGCAAAAACCGAGGUUCAAGCAAGGGAAUAAGAGGCUUCAUAGAACAUGAUCUAGUUAAUUAUGCAAAAGAAAAUCCAGGAGUUGUAGUAUAUGUUAAACCAAGAAGACACAGGCAACCAGUUAUAGUAGCUGAAUAUUUGAAUGGCGAUAGACAAUGGACGGAGAUUGCUAAUUAUAGCCGGGAAGAUGUUAUAAAAUGGAUGGAAUUGUUACGAACGCAGUUUCAUAAUGGUCCUUCGUUGAGAUUGCGUAAACUAUGGCACACAGAAUUCCCAUCGAUUCAGGGACCAUGGACACCAUUUACUUUUAGAAAUCCUAUGUUAAACCUGUCUCAGUUUCCUAAUAAAGAGCUUGGUACAUCUGUUAAACUUGGUCCCACAGCAACGGAACAACUUGUCGAAUUAUUCAAGGCUCAGCAGUUGGCUGAUAAUGCAGUUGAUUCCUGCCAAAAUGUUGAAGAAACUUCUAUACAUGUUCAAAGAACAUAAUAUUUUAAACAAUUUUA